AUGUCACCUUCCGCUGUUGCUGAGGAAACACAAGGUAUCGGCGUUACUUCAGCUGUCAAGAUUCCACUUUCAACAUCUACCGAAGCGCCAGCUCCAGUGACCAUCGAGGUCAAAACAAAUAGCGAUACGUUACCUCAAAGUACUUCUUCUUUACCAUUUCGACCUACGCCUCAGCCUGGUUUUGAAAUCGAAGAUCAUCCAGUAGACAUUAUCAAACCCCUAAAUGUUGCGGUUAUUGGGGCUGGCCUUGCCGGGAUAAACGCAGGUAUCCUUCUGCCUGCGAAAGUACCAGGAAUUCAACUCACGAUCUUUGAGAAGAAUGCCGAUGUUGGAGGGACUUGGUUUGAGAAUAUCUAUCCCGGGGUCCGUUGCGACAUUCCCGCGAAUGUAUAUCAAUCAACAUUCGAGCCCAAUACGCAAUGGUCCGAAGAGUAUGCGCAAGGAAAAGAAAUCAGAGAAUAUUGGCAGAAAGUCGCACGGAAACACAAUGUCUACGAUUACCUCAAAUUCAGCCGCAAGAUUGUCGGUGCAAUUUGGAAUGAGGAGAGUGCACAAUGGACAUUGAGUAUUGACAAUCUUGAGAAUGGAGAGAAGUUUGAAGAAAAUUUCGACGUAGUGAUUACAGCAAUUGGUAGAUUCAACGAUUGGAAGCUGCCAGAUUAUCCUGGUAUCAGCAAUUAUAAGGGGCACCUACGCCACUCAUCAAACUGGGACCCAAAUUUUGAUCCUACUGGCAAAACAGUCGCAGUCAUUGGAAAUGGUGCUAGUGGAUUGCAAGUCGUUCCAAAUCUUCAAAAAGUGGUUAAACAUUUAGACCAUUAUGCACGUAGCAAGACUUGGAUUGCGGGAUCUUUUGGUGGUGAAGGAGAAGGUAGGACAUUGGAGCCAAAAUACUUUCCUCACGACCUCCUAAAAUCAUUCGAGGAUCCAGACAAUUAUCACAAAUUUCGAAAAAAUCUCGAGGGUAAAUUCUAUCUCCGGUUUUCAACUUUAUUUAAAGGCACAGAGGACAACAAAAAGCUUGAAGAAGAAUUUCGGAGAUUGAUGGCAGAACGUUUGAAGAAGAAGCCAGAAUUAUUGGAUGAGAUUGUUCCAGAUUUCGCUCCAAAUUGUCGUCGGCUGACACCAGGGCCUGGCUAUCUAGAAGCUUUGACUGAAGAUAACGUCUCUUUCAUUCGGACUCCUAUCGAAAAAUUUACAGAAGAAGGAAUUGUUACGACUGAUGGUAUUGAACGAAAAGUCGAUGCAGUAAUAUGCUCCACAGGAGCAAACAUUGAUAUGCGACCCCCAUUUCCCAUUGUUGCCUUUGGCCACAAUUUGCGCGAUGCUUGGAAUCCUGAUCCUCUUACAUACCUUGGAGUCGCAUCGCCUUCUUUUCCCAACCUCCUCUUCGUCUCCGGGCCUAAUGCUCAUGGAACAAGUGGCACAGUUCCUAACCAAACAGAAACACAAAUAACUUACUUAGCAAAGUUAUUGCGAAAGGUUGAUUUGAGAAGUUAUCAUGAAGAAUGGUUUGAAGGCUUAUAG